AUGGCGUCGCGAAGAGAGCAGCAGCAGGGGGCGGCCACUCCGCGGUCCGCCUCGGCGGCGUGGCUGCGACGCCCGCCCCUGGCCUCUGCCUCCACGCCGCGCGGCUUUGGCCAGCUGCCCACGGGCCGAGUCCCUUCUGCUGCCGCCACUUCCCGCGGGGGCCCGAGCCCGCUGACCCCAGGCACCGCCCGCGGCCUGCCGCCGCCGCCCGGGCUGCGCCUGCCGCCGGCCGAAAACGACGGCAGCCGCAGCGUGCGGCAUCGCGAGCCGGCCCCAGCCUCUGGUUCCUCCACCUACCGCGACGUGACGGCCCGGCGCAGCGGCCUGCCAGGGCCACCGGUGCUCCCAGCAGCGGCCGCCACGCGACGGCCCUCCAACCUGGCGCCCUCGCCGCCACGCCCGCUGCCGGCUGCGGCGCCCGGCGGCAGCCCCGCGGCGCGCGGCGACGGCGGCGGCGUGCAGGUGCAGCAGCAGGAGGCGAGGCAGCUGGCGGACCUGCAGGAGGAGAGGCUGGGCCUGGUGCAGCAGCAGGCGCGGGCCAGCCACGAGCAGCGGCAGCUGCAGCAGCAGAUCAGCCGGCUGGAGGCGGGCGUGGUGGAGCAGCAGCAGGAGCUGCUCGCGGCGCUGGAGGCGGCGGCGGGGCUGGGGCAGCGGCGUGAGGUGCUGGCCGACCAUGCGGCACGCCUGCAGCAGCUGUGCACGCAGGCGCAGCGUGCCGCCGACGCCCGGCGCUGCGAGCUGCAGCAGCUGGAGCUGGCGGCGGCGGCGGUGCAGGCCAGCACGGAGCAGCACCGCCUGCAGGAGGCGGAGGUUGGGGCUCGCGGCGCCGCCGCCAGGAGCGCGCUGCUCCAGAUGAUGCAGGCCGCUGCGCGCACGCUGCGGCUGCCGGGGCUGGCAGGAAGCAUUGGGCAGGAGCUGGAGGCUGGCGGCGCCGCCGGCGCCAGCGGCGGCGGUGCUGACAGAGCGGCACCCGCUGCGGCAGUGGCAGCGCAGCAGGCGCGGCAGCCUCAGCAGCGCCAGCCGCAGCAGCACCAGCCGCAGCAUCAGCUGCAGCCUACUGGCACGAGGCCGGGAGCCACGGUGCCCCUGUCCGCAUCGGCCUCUGAGGAAGGGUAUACCACGCCUGCCGGCAGCAUCACAGGCACCGGCGGCCGCUCCAGCGACGCAGACAGCAGCAGCGAGGGCGGCAGCGAGGGCGGCAGCGAGGGAGGCAGCGCGCCCAGCAGCGCAGCCAGCAGCGCGGCCAGCAGCCCGCAGCGCGGCAGCGCUGGAGCAGGGGAGAUCACCGCUCGACACAGCCCGCCGGCCAGCCAGCCUGCCGCCGCCGGCCUGGGCAAGGCGCAGCCGGGGGCCCGCGCCCUGCCCCCGCUGCGCCUGUCAGGCCUGCAAGCCGCGGCGGCAGGCGCCCAGUCGGCGCGCGGGGCGCCGCCCAGCCGGCGCGUGCCGGGCGUGGCGCUGGUGUCGCCGCUGCUGCUGCCGCUGCCGGCGGCCGAGGAGGCGGCUGCGGGCGGGGACGGCUGCCCCGUCAGCCCACUGGUGCUCCACCGCCUGCACAGCAUCCAGGCCAGGCUGGCCACAGCGGUGGCGGAGCAGGCAGUAGAGAUAGAGAUGUGA